GGAAGUGACUGUUUACUUGCGAGACCCAUGCCUGUGAGAGCGGAAGAGCAUCAAAUAUGACGCUUUGAGUUCUCACCACUCCCACUGUCAUCGCGGAUCAUUGCGCUGAUGAUGUGAGAUGUACGCAUGCGCAUGGAAGACGCAAGAAGCGGGAAAGAUCGAAGAUGACGGUCGGACAAUCGUUGGCCAGAUUUACGAGUUGCCAGACUAGGAAAGACUGCGAAACUUUGGACGAAUCUCGAGGUUCAACACAAGUUCGGGUCGAUGAACGACAAGCUGCAAUGUUACGCUUGAAUCCAGUCCCGGGACCGCUGCAUUCCUACCCACGCCCCAAACUCGUCAUCAGCGUGGACUCUUGGAAGCUAAGGGAACACCUGUCACUCUCAGAAGGAGACAUCGCCAACUUACCGAUUGUGGCGAGCGAUGUGAAUCUCGGCCUCGCCGCUGGCUCCCCACGCCUGACUUCUGGCUGUCGACGAUUGAAGUCUAGCUUUCAUCAUCAUACGGAGUAUUGCUCAACGAAUGCCAAGUCCGAGUCCAACGGAGUCACAUUGACCAAGGUUGCAAUAACCACUCCGUACCCGACCCGGACUUGGCUGUGUCCGUACGGAUAACCCGAAUCACCACGAAUACACAGCAGAAGCUCACCCCCCAAAGCAGCAAUGACGCGAGUGCAGUUUGCAUUCUGACCCCCUGAAGUACGUGAAGAAACGACUGCCACGUUGGUGGCUGCCCAUCAAAAUGGAGACCAGACGACAC